AUGAGUGCAGUGGCCACGACUGGGGCCGCGGCACGCGUCCGGCCGCCGCCCGCGCUGGGCGCAACGCCCCCGCAGCCGGCGCGACGCCCUCUCUGCGAACGCCGGCGUAAACAAAGGCGCUCCGCGACUCGCGUGGGCGGCGGAGGAGAAGGCGUGCGGUGUCGUCUGCUGUCCGCGGAGUUCCUGUACGUGGUGACCAGUCGCCGGAGGCGUAGUACUUCUGUGUAUGACGAAUUGGUUUCGCAUUUCGCCCCUUCACCACCUCCACUACCUCCACCACCUCCACCACCUCCUCCACCACCACCACCACCACCACCACCUCCAGCACCACCACCACCUUCACCACCACCACAUUCACCACCACCACCACCACCUCCACUACCACCACCUCCAUCACCACCGCCCAUAUUGGGGCAGCUGGGAUUACCUGGUUCUUGCGACCCCUGGAAGAGCAUCUUUCUCCCUUCGGAGCAGGGCGUUUGUGCCUGGAGAGAGCCCAGCCGUGGCGUGGCGUGCAGCUGCAAGCACGGCCAGAGCCGGGCUGCAGCCGUGAACGGCCUUGAACCAGUUCCGCCCACCGGUCCCGCUACACUCGCUUGGCUCCGGUUGCCAUGGCGGGCCGCGCUCGCCGCCUGCCUGCCUGCCACCGACUGCUCCUACUCCUAG